AUGACUUAUGCAGAUACUAAUGGUGUGGAGACCGCCGGCUGCAGUGGAGGGCCUUUCAGCCGCGUUCUGCAGUGGAUAAAGGCGGCGCCGGAAAAUUCGUGGGGUAAGGUAGUGGAGGUAGCGAGAAAGGCGAAGAAGCUCGGGAAGGAUGAUCCGAGAAGGAUCAUUCAUUCGGGCAAAGUAGGGUUGGCUUUGACCUUGGUUUGUCUGUUUUAUUACUUUCGACCGAUUGAUGGAUUCGGUGUCGAUGCAAUGUGGGCUAUCUUGACUGUGGCCCUUGUCUUUGAGUACACAGCUGGAGGAACCCUAGAAAGGGGUUUAAAUAGAAUGGUGGCAACAAUAAUAGCUGGUCCUCUAGCUGUUGGAGCUCAUCACAUAACAACUCUUUGGGGAGGAGAAAUCGCGGAGCCCAUAUUGGUUGGAUUUUUCGUCUUUGUUGUAGCUGCAAUUAUGACCUUCCUGAGAUUCUUCCCCUUGUUAAAGGCAAGGCAUGACUACUUCCUGGUGAUAUUCAUAUUGACCUACAGCUUGGUUUCGGUAUCUGGCUACCGCGACUACGAGAUACUAGAGAUGGCACACAUUAGGAUAUCAACGGUUUCCAUAGGAGGCUGUACUACUAUUAUAAUUUCUCUUUGCAUCUGCCCUGUGUGGAUUGGAGUCGAUCUCCACAAUUUGGUUGCGAGUAACAUUGACAAGCUUGGGGAUUCUAUGGAAGGAUUUGGAUCUGAAUAUUUUGACAUGCAAGAGAAUGGGUUGUUAUCAAGUGUUACCAAAUCUUUGCUUAAGCAAUAUAAAAGUGUUCUUACAUCAAAAGGCCCCGAAGACUUUAUGGCCAACUUGGCAUGGUGGGAACCAGGUCAUGGCAAGUUCAAGUUCCGCCACCCAUGGAAAAAGUAUUUGAAUGUUGGAGCCGCAAGUAGGCAAUGUGCCUAUAAAAUCGAGGCUCUUCAUACUUACCUGAACAAUGAAAUUCAGGCACCUGCCGAAAUCCGAAACAAAAUUCAAGAACAAGGCACCAAUAUUUGCAUCGAAACCGGGAAAGCUCUUAAGGAAUUAGCUGCAGCACUCAAGAAUAUGACUCUAUCAUCAUCAGCUGACCACCACAUUACAGUCUCAAAAGCAGCAGCUGAGAGUCUCAUGUCGUUGCUGAGAGGAGGCAUAUGGAAAGAUGCCAAGGUGAUGGAAACAGUAACAUCGGCUGCGGUGGCGUUGCUUCUUAUUGAAGUCGUAACUUGUGUUGAGAAGAUUGCUGAAGCACUUCACGAACUAGCAUCCGCUGCAAAUUUCAAGACUGAUAAAGGACAACUACUUCCAGAGCCAGUGGUUACUGCUGAAGAAUCACAUGGCGCUAUUGCAAUAUUUCAUGAUGCAACUGGUAGCUCCUCAGCUGAAAAUAGAAGUUCAGAUGGCACUACCAGUACUAAUAAUAACCAAUACUAA